ACGCAGCGCCGUCAACCCAAAACAACCAACGACACGGAUCAACUCACGACAGUCAUAAAAAGUAUUCAGGAGUUUUAUUUAUUUUUUCCCCCAAACUCGACACACAGCGCGGAGUUUGAAGCGGUUUGUUUUGUCGAAUCGUCUUCUGGAUUCCCGUGUCCCAUCUCCGAGCUUAACGCCAAUUUAUCAACCAACAUCGAGAGAGAACAUAUUAUUGACCAAUCGGGUGCAUCGGAUCUCGACCAAUCGACCAAUCACGCGUCUUCGCUUUCGACUCAUCGACCAGUCACGUGCCGUUCUGUAACCGUCGCAACGUAGAAUUGGAAACUUGAAUUUUUGAAACAAAUGACAAUUUUUUUUUUUGUUAACGUGUGCUUGAAAUUUCUACCUCUUCUACAUACUUUUUUUUUUUUAAAUUGAUUUGUUGUCGUCUUCACAUUAAAAUAGCAAGUUCAUUCCAUCGAUCAGUGGCAAUGGAUUACAACUUUUGAAAUUUUUUUGAAUGAAAAAUUUUGAAUGGAUAAGUUCAUUUUUUCUUCAUUUGACUUGCUGUAUUUUGUAAAAUUUUUUGAUUAAUAUUAUACUUUUUUUUGUAAUAUCAGUAGUUUUUUUCCGAUAGUUUUGCAUAGUUUUUCAUAAUGGCCGCCCAGGACUUGAUACAGGACGAUGGCGAUGUGCGCAUUCACGUGGAAGCCAACGUCACUACAGUGGACUCUCCCUCCCACUCCCCGGCACAUCUCGCCAACGGCAUUGCGGACGCCAACGCGAACACCGUCAAAGAUGAGGAAAACGACGAGGAGGACAGUAAAAUCUGCCGUUUUCUGAAAGAGAAACGCCUCAUCCAAACUCUGAGCAAAGGACUCAAGCGCCACUGCGACUACAUUAAAAUCACGCUUCCAGAUGAUCGUGGUAAACGCCUGCCGAAAGAGUGGUGGAAAACGGGCGUGGCUUUUCUGUACGCCGUGUUUAACCUGGUGUUUACGACGGUGGUGAUAACGGUGGUUCACGAGAGGGUCCCUGAUAAAUCUCUGAACCCGCCGUUGCCAGAUAAGUUCUUUGAUUACAUCGAUCGUGUGCCGUGGGCCUUCACCGUGACAGAGGUGAACGGGCUGAUCCUGGUGGGACUGUGGUUUGUCCAGUGGCUCUUCCUCAAACACAAGGCGAUCGUGGGCCGACGCUGCUUCUUCCUGAUCGGGACCCUGUACAUGUACCGCUGUAUCACCAUGUACGUCACCACCCUGCCAGUCCCAGGCAAACACAUGGUCUGCGCGCCCAAGCUUUACAAUGACUCCACAGGGAAGAUCUGGAGAAUUCUGCGACUGAUCUCAGGAGGAGGUUUGUCGAUGACGGGCUCUCACUUGAUGUGUGGGGACUUCCUGUACAGCGGACACACUGUGAUGCUCACGCUGUCCUACCUCUUCAUCAAAGAGUACUCUCCUCGCUGGAUGUGGUGGUACCAUGGGGCCUGUUGGAUCCUCAGCGUGUCUGGGGUUUUCUGUAUCCUGGUGGGACAUGAGCACUACAGCGUCGACGUCGUGGUCGCCUACUACAUCACCACACGCCUCUUCUGGUGGUACCACACUUUGGCCAACACUCACUUACUGCGUCGAGCCCCGAGCAACUUCCUGUCUAGAACUUGGUGGAAUCCGAUCUUUAACUUUUUGGAGAAAAAUGUCCAGACAGUUGUUCCCAUAGAGUUCUCAUGGCCCAUAAAUCUGCCUUCUUGUCGACAGAGAUACAAGAUGGUGGAAGGAGGCCGGGACGAAUGACUUGUCAAUCAAAAAACAAAAAGCUACGGCUACACUGCCAAAAGUGUCUCAACCAUCAAUAAUUCUGAGAUUCUGAAGUUUCACUGAAGGAUGUUUCACAACACCAACUUAAUCUUAUUGGGUCUUCUACACUACAGGUGUUAUAGUUAAAUUAUCCACCGAACGUGCACUCUUCCAGUGAUCUGCAGGCUUUCCUCUACACAGAUCUGACUUGUAAUUUGGUUGGGUGGUAUUACCUUGUCUCCAUUUAAUGCCAUGCUGUGGAAUAAUGCUUUGUAGAGACAGACAGCUCCACAACCAAAAAAGUUUCAUAGUGCAGAAUUAGGUUUUGUAGAUGUUUAUUUUAUUUUAUUUUUUCAGUGUAAAAACAAAAUAUAUAUUUAAAAUCUGUUAUUUAAUGAAGGAUUUCUCAAGGCAUUCUCAAGAAGUUUACUGACAAUGCAAAGUUACUGAUUCUUAUUAACAUCCUUGUACAUUUAUGGAGCCGUCCACCAACUCUGACAAAAUUUAUGGUUUGGUACGUAACUUUGUGCUGUAUUGUUAAUGGACUAAACCAAGACUAAACCAAGACUGAAGCAGGACUAAACCAAAACUGAACCAGGUCUGAUCCAAGACUGAACCAGGACUGUCAAUAGUUCCUGAUGGUAUCUGGUCUACUUGAACUCAUCCUCCUGCCAGUGUAUUGGGACAAGACAGACAAGAAGAAAUCACUUGGAAUUUUGGCUACACUUAUUAUUCUUUAAAAAAAAUCUUGCAUCUCUACAUUUAAGAAAUUGAAGCAUAACUUAGGAACUGUACAGGAACUCUACCUGAUUUUUACAGUCUCAAAAACAUGAAAAACUGAACUAGUUUGCAGUGGUCAAGAGUUCUUCCUCACUUUCCUUACGCAUUAAGAGCAUCCUAAAUAUUCACCACAAUGAGUUUAUAAGUGCUUUUCACAGCUUUCAGAGACAACGGCCAUGCAAAAUCUAGCCGCAACUAGCAUGCAAACCACAAUCUUCCUGAUUAUUGAACUACAAAACACUUUUCUUUAUUAUUAUGAGCUGCAGAUCGCACACAGCAGAUUUAUUUUGACCUCAAGAGGUGCUUAUACAAUAUAUCUGUACUAGGCAAAGACACAUUUUGCUCAAAUACAAAGUAAAAUAAAUAAAAAUGAAUAUUAAAUCAGGCGCAGUGCCUUUAAAUUACACUGGAGUAUCUUGAAUAUUGAAUUCUUGUUGCUUCAUUUGAGAAUAAGAUGACAAGAAGAGAACUGUGGACUGUUAACUUACAAAGCACAAGUCCAUAAUUUAAAAUGUAUGUGUGUUAUGCUAUAAGUGCUAUAAGUAUCAUAUUGUUUUUGUAUGUUCAUUCUACUGAAUCGUUUCGAUUCAAAUUCCAUAUUUUUGGUGGAGUAGAGGUUGAAAGAGGACCAAGUCUCCAAUUGAAACAGCUCCAUCAAUUCGCUAUUCUCUUUCAGUUUUCGCUUAUUUAAUUUUAAAGGGACAGUUCAGAAUUUUGGACAUAGGGGCUCAUUUCCUAGUGAGCCAGAGUACUGUAGACGUGUGGAGACACUU